AUGGGUCAGGUGCCCUGGCCAAGUGAACCGAAUUGGUUUGCACAGUUGAACUGUUUAGCAUUCCAACUGGUCAAGACCUGCAUGAACCAGUUCAAACCAGAUUUACGAUCCAGUAGUGAUCCACUGGUUGAACAUUUGGCCUCAUUUACCAGACUCCCAAAGGUUAUCCCGGUUGACGACCGGGUCGGUAACUUUUGUAUCGUCCGUGUUCAGUCAGUUGCGGAAGCUGCAGAGUAUGUAUGGGAUUGUUAUAGAUAUGACUUUGGAACAGAUUAUUCUGGUCUUUUCAAAGCACUUUCUCAUGAUAACUAUAACGUUCGAGUUGCUGCUGCUGAGGCAUUAGCUGCUGCUUUAGAUGAAAACCCUGAUACGAUACAGGAAUCACUGUCGACACUGUUUUCUUUGUAUAUCCGUGAUGCUGGAUUUGGUGAGGAUAACAUUGAUGCUGCUUGGUUAGGCAGACAAGGGAUUGCUUUGGCUUUACUUUCUGUGGCAGAUGUACUUGGAACCAAAGACCUCCCUGUUGUGAUGACAUUUCUGAUAUCACGGGCGCUGGCUGAUGGUAAUGCAGAUGUCCGAGGUCGGAUGAUUGAUGCUGGUAUUACUAUUAUUGAUAAGCAUGGAAGGGAUAAUGUGGCAUUGUUGUUUCCCAUAUUUGAAAACUACUUGAACAAAAAGGCCUCAGAUGAGGAAAAAUAUGAUUUAGUGCGUGAAGGAGUGGUUAUAUUCACUGGGGCUCUAGCAAAGCAUCUGGCCGAGGGAGACCCAAAGGUUCAUGCUGUUGUGGAGAAGCUGUUAGAUGUGAUAAACACUCCUUCUGAAGCUGUUCAAAGGGCAGUUUCAACUUGCCUUUCUCCAUUAAUGCAAUCAAAGCAGGAAGAUGCCCCUGCUCUUGUUUCUAGACUUUUGGAUCAGCUGAUGAAGAGUGACAAAUAUGGUGAGCGUCGUGGAGCAGCAUUUGGUCUAGCUGGGGUGGUUAAGGGAUUGAGAAUAUCUUCUCUGAAGAAGUAUGGCAUAAUCACAGCCUUACGUGAGGGUCUUUCGGACAGAAAUACUGCUAAAAGUAGAGAAGGUUCUUUACUGGCAUUUGAGUGUCUCUGUGAGAAACUUGGAAGAUUGUUUGAGCCGUAUGUGAUUCAAAUGUUGCCUCUACUUCUGGUAUCUUUCUCUGAUCAAGUUGUUGCUGUUCGAGAAGCUGCUGAGGCUGCUGCUCGUGCAAUGAUGUCUCAACUUACCGCUCAAGGAGUGAAACUUGUUCUUCCAUCGCUUCUUAAGGGCCUUGAAGAUAAAGCCUGGAGAACUAAGCAAAGCAGUGUGCAACUUCUUGGUGCUAUGGCUUACUGUGCUCCACAACAACUGUCUCAAUGUCUUCCAAAAAUUGUUCCAAAGUUAACGGAGGUCCUAACAGACACUCAUCCCAAAGUUCAGUCAGCUGGGCAGACAGCCCUCCAGCAAGUUGGGAGUGUGAUAAAGAAUCCGGAAAUAUCUGCACUUGUCCCCACUCUUCUGAUGGGUCUCACUGAUCCCAAUGGUUAUACAAAAUACUCCCUUGAUAUUCUCCUCCAGACGACCUUCAUUAAUUCGGUUGAUGCCCCUUCCCUUGCACUCUUGGUACCGAUAGUUUAUAGAGGCCUAAGGGAAAGGAGUGUUGAAACAAAGAAGAAGGCUGCCCAAAUAGCAGGAAACAUGUGUUCAUUAGUGACGGAACCAAAGGAUAUGAUUCCUUAUAUAGGUUUGCUGCUUCCUGAAAUAAAAAAGGUUCUGGUGGAUCCAAUUCCUGAAGUUAGAUCUGUUGCUGCCAGAGCCAUUGGUUCUCUUGUAAGGGGAAUGGGAGAAGAAAACUUCCCUGACCUUGUUCCAUGGUUAUUUGAUACUUUGAAGUCUGAUGCUAGUAAUGUUGAGCGGUCUGGUGCUGCUCAAGGACUGAGUGAGGUCUUGGCGGCACUUGGGACAGAAUAUUUUGAAGGCAUCCUUCCUGACAUCAUUCGGAAUUGCUCUCAUCCCAAAGCUUCUGUUCGAGAUGGCUACUUAACGCUUUUCAAGUAUCUUCCUAGAUCUUUGGGUGUCCAGUUCCAGAACUAUUUGCAACAAGUUCUGCCAGCCAUUUUAGACGGCCUAGCUGAUGAAAAUGAAUCUGUAAGAGACGCUGCACUCGGUGCUGGCCAUGUUCUGGUGGAGCAUUAUGCAACUACGUCUCUGCCUCUUCUCCUUCCUGCUGUGGAGGAUGGUAUCUUCAAUGAUAAUUGGCGUAUCAGGCAGAGUUCUGUUGAAUUGUUGGGGGAUCUUUUAUUCAAGGUUGCUGGAACCUCGGGAAAAGCACUUCUUGAGGGUGGCAGUGAUGAUGAAGGGGCUAGUACUGAAGCACAGGGGCGUGCUAUCAUUGAAGUACUUGGAAGAGAGAAACGUAAUGAAGUUCUUGCUGCGUUGUAUAUGGUUAGAACUGAUGUUAGCAUAACAGUUCGUCAGGCUGCAUUACAUGUGUGGAAGACUAUAGUUGUAAAUACUCCAAAAACCCUGAAGGAAAUAAUGCCAGUGUUAAUGAACACGUUAAUUAGUUCUCUGGCUUCAUCAUCUUCUGAAAGGCGUCAGGUUGCUGGACGAUCAUUGGGUGAGCUUGUUAGGAAGCUCGGAGACAGAGUACUUCCUUCUAUUGUUCCUAUUUUGUCCAAAGGUCUUGGUGAUUCAAAUCCCUGCAGAAGACAGGGUGUCUGCAUUGGUCUUAGUGAAGUGAUGGCUAGUGCUGGUAAGAGUCAGCUGUUGACUUUUAUGGACGAGCUUAUCCCUACAAUCCGGACUGCUCUUUGUGACAGCGUAUCUGAGGUUCGUGAGUCUGCAGGCAUGGCAUUCAGUACUCUUUACAAGAGUGCUGGUAUUCAAGCAAUUGAUGAAAUUAUUCCAACACUUCUGCAUGCUUUAGAAGAUGAGCAAAUGUCUGAUACUGCUCUUGAUGGCCUAAAACAAAUCUUGAGUGUCAGGACCACUGUUGUGCUGCCUCACAUCCUCCCUCAGCUUGUGAACCUUCCACUUAACGCCUUCAAUGCGCAUGCUUUGGCUGCUUUAGCAGAGGUUGCUGGUCCUGGUCUUGACUUCCAUCUUGGUACCAUUCUUCCUGCUUUACUCUCUGCAAUGAGUGACAGUGAUGAGGAUGUUCAAACGUUGGCAAAGAAGGCUGCAGAAACAGUUGUCUUGGUUAUCGAUGAGGAAGGCGUUGAGUCUUUGAUUUCGGAACUUCUUAAAGGAGUUGGAGAUAAUCAGGCUUCAAUUAGACUAAGUUCGUCCUAUCUGAUUGGAUACUUCUUCCAAAACAGCAAAUUAUAUAUUGUUGAUGAAGCUCCGAACAUGAUAUCUACCCUUAUAAUUUUACUCAGUGACACAGAUCCUGCCACAGUUGAGGUGGCUUGGGAAGCUUUAUCGAGGGUUAUAAGUUCAGUUCCUAAAGAGCUUCUUCCUUCAUAUAUAAAGUUGGUUCGUGAUGCAGUGUCAACAUCCCGGGAUAAAGAACGUCGAAAGAGAAAAGGAGGACCAGUUUUGAUACCUGGAUUUUGUCUCCCUAGAGCUCUUCAACCUGUAAUUCCAAUUUUUCUCCAGGGUCUUAUAAGUGGAUCUGCUGAAUUAAGAGAGCAAGCGGCUUUGGGUCUUGGGGAGCUGAUUGAAGUGACGAGUGAACAAGCUUUGAAGCCUUUUGUCAUUCCAAUCACGGGGCCACUAAUUCGUAUUAUAGGGGACCGAUUUCCUUGGCAAGUAAAGAAUGCGAUUCUGUCAACUUUGAGCAUCAUAAUACAGAAGGGUGGGAUGGCUCUAAAGCCUUUUCUUCCCCAGCUUCAAACGACUUUCAUCAAGUGUCUACAGGACAACACGAGGACUGUUCGAUCAAGUGCUGCCUUUGCCCUCGGGAAGCUUAGUGCAAUCAGUAAUAGGGUUGAUCCUUUAGUUGGUGAUCUUCUGUCUGGUUUGCAGGCUGAUGAUGUUGGUAUCCGGGAGGCAAUUUUGAGAGCUCUAGAAGGUGUAAUUAGGAACGCUGGAAAAAAUGUGAGUGGUGCUGUUCAAACACGCAUCUAUAACCAACUGAAGGACAUGAUAUACGAUAACGAUGACCAUAUACGAAGUUCUUCUGCUGGCAUUUUGGGCUUUGUAUCACAGUACUUGGAAGAUGGUCAGAUUUCUGAGGUGCUCAAGGAACUCACAGAUUCGGCUUCAGCUUCCAGCUGGACCACAAAACAUGGAUCUGUACUGGCAAUAUCAUCGAUUCUUAGGCACAAACCUUCCAUAGUUUAUGCUUCUCCGUUGUUUACAGUCGUCGUGAAUAGUCUCAGAAGUACUUUGAAGGAUGAGAAGUUCCCUGUUCGUGAAUCAUCCACUCGAUCUCUGGGGAGACUUUUACUUCACCAAAUCCAAAGUGAUCCUGCAAACACAACUGCACAUUCAGAAACUUUGGCAUCUUUGGUAACGGCAAUGCAGGAUGACUCAAGUGAAGUCAGAAGAAGGGCCUUGUCUGCAGUAAAGGCAGCUGCCAAAGUCAAUCCUGCCGCCAUCAUAAUACAUGUUUCAUUAUUUGGUCCUGUACUUGCUGAAUGCAUAAAGGAUGGAUCUGCAACUGUUAGGUUUGCUGCUGAAAGAUGUGCUCUGUAUACCUUCCAAUUGACAAAGGGAGCAGAAAAUGUUCAAGCCGCUCAAAAAUAUAUAUCAGGCUUGGAUGCAAGACGAUUAUCAAAGCUUCCUGAACACAGUGAUGACAGUGAAGAUGGUGAAGAUGACUUGGUGACUGGCUGAUAAACUGGUUGUGAGCUAAUAUAUUUCAGUUCUUUUUAUAAUAUCCCUUCAAUAUUGGGAUCUUUAAGAGACUCAAAGUUCAACCAAAAUUUCCUUUCCUUGUCAGUGUCAGAAGAAAGUACUACACAUCUACACACACACACACACACACACACGCACCUUAUCCUCAAUUGGUUCCUUUCUGUGUUGUAUUUAGUCAAAAUUUAUUGCUGAGAAUUAUUUUGACCUUGUGGGAACUUUGAGGGAGCUCCCAUUUUUGUACAAAUUUUGUAGAAUGAUGAAAUUUUUUACUGCUAAUAAAAAUUGUAAUGUUUUGGAUA